AAUGAGAGCUGGAAGGCCCUAUGCUACAAAUUGGUAAGUGGAGAGCCGUCUGUCUGCUCUCCAUAGGGCAGAUAGAGUUAAUUUAAGUUUUUUUGAAUCUUGAAAAUUUUGGAGAAACUGCUGAGGAACUUGGGAUCUGGAGAAAUACCCAAACAGGUCUACUAGUUGCUACGAUAACUCUGUGCUGUACAGCUAUGGCUUCAGUAUCCAUAGCUGGUUGCUUGCUGACCCAAAAUCAGUACUAUCGAAAAUCCAGUGUUUCUUCAGUAAAUUCCUUCUCUGGCUCUGAUGCUAUAAACUUCACAGACAUAGAGAAAACCCACCAAGGUUUACCUGAAGCAGCUGAAUCAACAUGGUGGUUCAAAUCCUUUUUUCACUCAGAUCCUGUUCUUCCAGAUGCAGGAAGGAAAGAUCUAGUUGCUACCAGCAAUAAUAGUUGAUUCCAACAAUCAAACUGCCUCUACCUGCUAUAGUAUAAUAACAUUCAUAUCACUAAUCAUUAAUGAUAUUCCAGAUGACCAAGCUCCCUGGCAGUGAGGCAGUAACCUAUUUGAAACCUUGGUUAGGAGAGGAAAUUCCAGCAUUAGAAGAUACCAUGAAAAUUCAAAUCAUAUUAUUCCGUGCUGAGGCUGCCUCUGCACAUAUCAUCAGCAACAUGAAGAAUAGUGAUCCUACUUGAGAAGUGUACUUUUUGAGAUCUGUGCCUUUUCAAAUGUGUAUAUUAUAGAUGUGUAUGUAUUUGUGUAUCCAUAUAUAAUAAUUCAUAUAAGUUGUCUUUGGAUCCUUUACAUGAUUAUCUCUUAGGUUGAUUUUGUUGUUAUUGUAGUUAUUAGAUUGUAUGUUAAGAAAAAGACUCCUCAAUUUACUUCAAUUUAAGACUGAAGAGUUAAUCUUACAGGAACUUGAAAAUGCCCCCCUUUCCAAGAAAUAAAAUGACUUUCUCGAACAACAACGCUCAUUUACACCCAUCAGGAAGACCUUUAAGAGUUCAGGAAGAAGAUCAGAUAUUAUGAUAAUUUUACUUACCAAUAAGUAAUAUGAGUACAUCUUUCUGCAAAGUCAUGUUCCAGCAAACAUCUUUGGGAAUAUAUGCAAUUGUGCCUUUAUCUAUUACCAAAUCUGUCUAGUUGAGGCAAAUUGAGGUAGUCAUUUCAUUUUAGUCGCUGGAUAGUGAUAUCCAAAGUGGCUAUCUAUCGUGACCAAAUUCAUAGGCUAAAUCAUUCAUUUCUGCUUCCACAGAGUGAAUGCCAUUUGCCUAUCACUAAGUGAGGGAGAAAAUUGAGUCUAUCAUCCCAUAUGCAAUGGCUGUUCCCCAUGCUUUUAAUGCUCUCUUUCCUAGUCUCUGCCUAUUGGAAUCUUUGGUUUCCUUCAAGGCUUAACUUAAAGGACCACCUUUUGCAUGAGAUCUUUCCUAGCCCGCUCGCUGCUGCUUAGUGCUUUCCCCUACAAGGUUAGCUUGUAUCUGCGUUAUGUGUGUGUGUGUGUGUGUGUGUUCUAUAUAUCUAUAUUUAUCUAUCUAUACAUAUAUAUAUAUAUUUAUGCACGUUGUUUU